AUGACAAUAGCUUUCCUUUCGGUUCCAACUCCUCAACAUUAUCAUCAGGUUCAAUUGCACAAGCCAAAAAAUCCAUGGUCAGCUACUACUUCCCCUUGUUUUUCUAAGAUUCUUGUUCCUCCCUCACAGUGUUCUCCUUCUUCUACUCCAACUUCCCUCCUUUCUUCUUCACCAGAAGAACAACUUGCUAUUCCCAAUCAAUCAAAAUCCUCAACCCAACAAAGUGGUUGUAAAGCAUGUGGAAAACAAGAAAUAGAGAGAGGAUGCAAUGGUGAAGGAAGGAUGCAAGGCGGGAUUGCAACUGUGCCUGGCUUUGGAUGGUGGCCCAUAAAGGCUUACAGACCAUGCCCUGGAUUUGUUGCUUCUGGUGGUAGAUACAGACGACAGGGACAAAGCAUGGACGAGGUUGUCUCUGGUAGUGGUAAAAUUAAAACACCCUCUCCAACAACCGCCACUGAUUCAAAGCCGCAGCAAAAAGAAGGUUCGAAGAAGUUAAAGCGGUGA